UAUUUUUAUUAGUCGUUUUCGUCCCUCCGUCAGUGAAAGGCUGUGUCGCUGUAACCGAAUCGUACAAAUUAUACCGCGAGUGACCUCAGCUUGUGUUGUGUGUGACUUUAUCGCUGUGCAUUCAAAAUGGGGUGUGGAACGAGUUUUGUGAAAUAUGUGCUGUUUUUCUUCAACCUGGUUGUCGCGUUGGGUGGUCUCGCGAUCGUCGGUAUCGGCGUGGCCGUGCUGCUACAAUGGUCGGUGAUGGUCACCGAACUCAAACACUACCUCACCGUCGCCCCGUGGGUUUUCAUCAUCAUCGGAGCUGUUAUGUUCGUCAUCGCCUUCUUCGGAUGCUGCGGAGCGAUACGGGAGAGCCACUGCAUGGUUGUCACGUACGCUAUCUUCCUGCUAGUGGUGAUCAUCGUGCAAGUGGUCCUCGGUGUUCUUCUGUUCACAUACUCCGACUCCAUCAAGACCAGUCUCGUCAAGGUGGUAGAUUCGACCUACGACAAGCGAUCGACCGACACCGCGUAUGCGACCAUCUUCAACAAUAUCCAACAGCAGCUGGUCUGCUGCGGUAAAUACGGCGCGGCUGACUACGGCAUCGGCACCCUCAACCUGGACAAGUCCUGCUGCUCCAACCCCGGUGCUGUCAGCAAGCUCAUCGGUGGCCAGUGCACCAUCGCCGACGCCAACGACGUCGGCUGCAGCACCCGCGUCGCUGAUCUCUACGAGAAGUGGAACAAGACCAUCGCUGGUGUUGCUAUUGGUGUGGCGUGUGUUGAGGUUGUAGGCGCCCUCUUCGCCCUGUGCCUAGCCAACUCCAUAAGGAACAUGGACAGAAGGUCUCGCUACUAAUAUUUUGUACAUUAGAACUGGUACGCUUGAAAGGAGAGCUUGACGAAACAUUGAAAAAAAUAUUCGACAAAAAUAUUAUUACGACACAAUACCUUUAUUUGUACAAUUUUAAAUAAGUUUGUUAUUCUUACUUUUGCCCCACCUUUAAAAGUUGUUCGAAUUUCGAAGUUGUUACCAAUUACCAUAUUCAAAAUCAUUUAAAUAAUCGCUAGCAUAGCAUUCAUCUCGUUUUGGCUACAAUCGAUUUAAGAUAUUUAUCGUUAGUGGUAUAAUGAAUAUAAUUAUAAAUAUAUUUGAUUAUUUACCUCAGUAUAAUUUUUUGAAUUGACAGUGCGUGGAACAUGCGUUAGUUUCCUAAGUUUCCUUUUCUUGUUAAAGAUAAUUCUUUUAUAAUUGAAUUAUUACUUACUUUUAAGUUAGGUAAGCAUCCCUUUGUAAUGUUACAAUAUUGAAGGUUAUAUAUAUUGUAUUUUUUUAAACUUAAAGUUUGUACGUCCAAUUUACACUUUAAUAAAGUUGAUACUAUGUACGGUAUGCAUUUCUAUUCUACUUUUAUAGUUCACUCGAUGCUCGAUGUAUAUAAAUGUUAUUCUUAUAUUGGGAACAAGAAGUGUCUGUUUAUUGUAUUUUGAAUCUCUUGUGCAUUUCGAAGUAUCUGCUUUUGUGAAUGAUACAUUGAUGGUAUGAAUAAAUUAUUAUAUUUCAACAAA